AUGGCACGUGUGCUUUUGUUUACGUGCAAAUCGGUGAAAGGCAUCACGAAAAACCGGCUCUACAUCAAAGUCUCAGCCUUUCCAGCAGUAAAGCUACAUUCACUUACGAAUAGCACCAUGGCCGAAGAAAAUAAUAAAACCGGAUCGUUAAAAACUAUACGAGAAGGUAGUGCAGAAAUCCUGGUUGCGGAUCAUGUAUUCUACAACCCGGUGCAAGAAUUUAAUCGUGAUCUGAGCAUCUGCGUUUUGACAACCUUUUCGAGGAUAUAUCAGCGGGAGAAGCAUGAACAAAAUCAGCGAAGGAAUCCUCCGAAUGAAUCGUCAGACGAAACAACACUGGAAGCCGGAGUAAAACAAGAGAAUGGACUACGCAUCCUGGAGGCACUGUCUGCAACCGGGUUGCGAAGCAUACGGUACGCGAAAGAAAUACCCGGUGUGAAGGAAAUUAUUGCAAACGAUCUAUCCAAGUCAGCGGUGGAAUCGAUCGAACAGAAUGUGAAGCACAAUCAAAUAGAGCAUCUGAUCAAGCCCAGCUUUAAUGACGCAAUGACGUUGAUGUACAUGUCAACCAAACCGGAGCAACACUUUACGGCGAUCGAUCUCGAUCCUUAUGGACAUCCGACGCGAUUUCUCGACGGAGCUGUUCAAAGCAUUGAAGACGGUGGGUUGCUUCUUAUCACUGCUACCGAUAUGGCUGUUUUGGCCGGUAACUCACCGGAGUCAUGCUACGUAAAGUACGGAUCGGUCCCGCUCAAAACCAAGGCAUGUCACGAGAUGGCGCUGCGCAUCUUGCUUCGCUGCAUCGAAACAACGGCCACUCGGUAUGGACGGUACAUGAAGCCCCUGCUUAGCAUAUCGGCUGAUUUUUAUAUACGCGUGUUUGUUCGCAUAUACACCGGGAAAUAUGCUUGCAAAAAGAGUAGCAGCAAACAAUCGAUGGUGUUCCAGUGUACUGGCUGUGAAGCACUCACCUUACAACCCUUGGGCGUACUGAAACCGAACCCCACCGAAGCAAACCCACAGCAGAUUAAGUUUGGAAUUCCAACAGGGCCAUUUGUUGGUAGUCGCUGUGAGCAUUGCAAUCAUCAGCAUCAUAUGGGAGGUCCGAUAUGGUCCGCACCGUUGCACGAUGACGAAUUCCUGGACGAAUUGCUGGCAACUAUAGAACAGGACGACUCAAAGCGAUUGACAACGAUCAGACGGAUCUACGGUACGUUGUCUGUCAUCCGCGAGGAACUCCAUGAUAUUCCACUUUACUACGCGUUGGACCGGAUGUGUGGCAUACUAAAGCUAGAAUCGAUCGGAAUGCUAACAUUGCGGUCCGCUUUGUUACACGCGGGUUAUCGCGUGUCCUAUUCUCACGCCAGCCGUACCUCGAUCAAAACCGACGCCCCGAUCGGUGUGCUUUGGGAUAUUCUUCGUUGCUGGCAUAGGUUACACCCGGUAAAGCCAGAUCGAUUCCUUGAGGGAGUCCCACUGACGGCAAUUUUACGAAAGCAACCAUUUCAAGAGUACAACAUCGUAGACAUACACCCGGACGCGAAUCCACCAAGCCGGAAGGAAUCACUUAGCCGUUUUCCGGAAAAUCCCACCGCCUACUGGGGUCCUGGAACACGAGCGACACAAAUGGUCAGCGAUAAUAAAAUGCUCAAAAGUGCUCAAAAUCAGAACAAACGGAAGCAGAAACGAGCGCCAAAAAGUGAGACGAAGGCUCAGGAUAAUGAUGUCAAGGCCGACAGCAAGUCACCGGACAGGAAAGUUCCCAAAACGAUUACUACGGACUGUUGA